CCAACCAAAAUCAUCGUAUCUUUCCGGUUAGUCUUCCAGAGCAAAAAAACAACCAUCAUCUCAUCACUCUCUGUCGUAAUCAUAGUCAAUUAGCAUAUAAUUAGAUUAAAUUAAUUAAAUUAAGUGAUUAAAUUAAUUAAAUAAAGUGGGAGGUUUGUAGCCUGCAUGGUGUUUUUUUGGAGACAGUUGAAAGAACCCAACUCAGGAAAUCCAGCUUCAUUGCUUAGAAAUAAGCGAGCUUCCAAAAAAGCACUUUUUUGGUUGCUUGGAGGGAUGCAUGUACAUGCAUGCCUGGGACUCUUAAUUUUGUUCAUUAAAUAAAAUUCCAACCAUCCAAAUGGUGUAGUAGUUGGUAUGUAGUGGAAGAAGAUAUGUUUGAAAAGUAUUUUUAUUGACAUUUCAACGAAGUAGAAUUUUGUACAAAUGUGCUUUUUGGCUUCUGCUUACUAGCUGAUCGGCCUCACAGGUUCACCCACAAAUUUCCCAAGGCAACCAUGCGGCUGCUGCUGCUCUUUCUGGCUUUCUGCUUCUCUGGAAUUCAUGUGAUCUCUUCAUCUACACACAUAGAUGAUGCUAGUGCACUCCAAUCCUUGAGGCAGACAUGGAGCAACGUUCCACCCAGCUGGGACAAGUCAAACGAUCCAUGUGAGGAGCGCUGGGAAGGCAUCACUUGCAAUGGUUCGAGGGUGACUGCAUUGGGAUUAUCAGGAAUGAACGUGAAAGGGGAAAUUGAAAGUGACAUUGCGGGGCUCUCUGAGUUAAGAUCCUUGGAUCUUUCAUUCAACAAAGGCCUCACCGGUUCUCUCUCUCCACGAUUAGGGGAUCUGAGCAAUCUAAACAUCCUGAUCCUAGCUGGUUGCAGCUUCAGUGGAAUUAUUCCAAGUGAAUUGGGGAAACUUGGAAAGCUAACCUUCUUGGCUUUGAAUACGAAUAACUUCACCGGUAGUAUACCUGCUUCUUUGGGUAAUCUCUCCAACCUCUAUUGGCUGGACCUGGCAGACAAUCAGUUGACUGGACCUCUCCCAGUUUCGAGCGGCACUACCCCCGGCUUAGACCAACUGUUUCAGGCUAAACAUUUCCAUUUGAACCAGAACCAGCUUUCAGGUACCAUUCCACCCAGACUUUUCAGCUCCAAGAUGACACUGAUCCAUGUAUUGUUUGAUGGAAAUAGAUUCACUGGGACUAUUCCAUCAACAAUAUUUUCCGUUCAGACUCUCGAGGUUCUUCGGCUUGAUAGAAAUGCUCUGACGGGAUCAGUCUCCUCAAAUAUCUCCAACCUAAUAAAUCUCAGUAACUUAAAUAUCGCGCACAACAAUUUGGACGGCCCUUUACCCGACCUAACUGGAUUGAAUGCCCUCAAUUAUGUAGACCUUAGUUACAACUCAUUUGAUCCAUCAGAAGCUCCGGGUUGGAUCUCAACCUUGCCAUCGCUCACCACUAUCGUUUUAGAAGAUGUGGCUCUUCAAGGGACUGUGCCAGAGAAGAUGUUCAGCAUACCGUCAUUGCAGCAAGUGAAACUGAAAAACAACGCGUUUAACGACACAUUUAACAUGGGUGAUUACAUCAGUCGGCAACUGACGCUUGUUGAUCUGCAGAACAAUCAGAUUCAGAGAAUAACCCAGAGUUAUAAGUACAAAAAUACAUUAAUACUUGUUGGGAACCCAUUGUGCAAUGAACCUAGCUCGAGUCCGUACUGUCAGCCUCCACAAUCAAAUACAAAACCGUAUGCUACUAGCACGGAUUGUCCAUCCAUUACAUGCCCCGGGGGUCAGCAGCCAAGCCCUCAGAGUUGUCAAUGUGGAUAUCCUUUUGAAGGAACACUGGAUUUCCGAGCGCCCACUUUCAGGGAAUUGACAAAUGUGACUCUGUUUCAAUCCCUAGAACAAUGGGUGAAACUUCACCUCACUCCCGGUUCAGUGUCACUUGAUAACCCUUUCUUCGACAACGAUGACCAUCUUAAAGUACAUGUGGCUCUCUUUCCACCUACAGGAACAUAUUUUAAUAGGUCUGAGAUUAUCAGGAUUGGUUUUGAUAUGAGCAGUCAGCCUUACAUGCCGCCAGACGGGUUUGGACCCUUCGUUUUUAUUCCAGCUCAAUAUAAUUUCCCAGACACACAUAAAAGCUUUAUGAGCACUGGUGUUAUUGUUGGGAUAUCAGUUAGUUGUCUCGUUCUUGUUGUGGGCCUCGUGGUAGUAGGAAUUUACGCCAUUAGGCAAAGGAAACGUGCGGAAAGAGCCAUUGGUUUAAGCAGACCUUUCGCUUCUUGGGUGCCAAGCGGAAAUGAUAGUGGCGGUGCACCACAGUUAAAGGGAGCAAGAUGGUUUUCGUAUGAUGAGCUUAAGAAGUGCACCAAUAAUUUCUCUGACAGUAAUGAGAUAGGAUCUGGCGGCUACGGGAAGGUUUACAGGGGCAUGCUUUCUGAUGGACAAGUGAUAGCAAUCAAAAGAGCUCGGCAAGGAUCAAUGCAGGGAGGCGUCGAGUUCACGACUGAAAUUGAGUUGCUCUCUCGCGUUCAUCACAAAAAUGUUGUUGGUCUUUUGGGAUUCUGUUUCGAACAAGGAGAGCAGAUGCUGGUUUACGAGUAUAUGCCUAAUGGAACACUUAGGGAAAGCUUGUCAGGGAGAUCUGGUAUUCAUCUCAAUUGGAAGAGGAGACUCCAAAUCACUCUUGGCUCAGCAAGAGGACUGGCUUACCUACAUGAGCUUGCAAAUCCUCCUAUAAUUCACAGAGAUGUGAAGUCCACCAAUAUUCUAUUAGAUGAACAUUUAACGGCGAAGGUUACAGAUUUUGGCCUGUCGAAGCUGGUCAAUGACAGCGGAAAGGGACAUGUCUCGACUCAGGUCAAAGGAACACUAGGCUAUAUGGAUCCUGAGUACUACAUGACUCAACAAUUGACCGAGAAGAGCGAUGUAUACAGCUUUGGAGUCGUUAUGCUUGAACUGAUAACUGCUAGGCAGCCAAUCGAGAAGGGAAAAUACAUUGUCCGUGAGGUACAAUUGGUGAUGGACAAGAAUGACGAGGAGCAUUACGGUUUGAGGGAGUUAACAGAUCGAAACAUUCGAAACUCAGGAACUCUUAUUGGGUUUGGGAGGUUCUUGGAGCUAGCCAUGCAAUGCGUCGAAGAAUCAGCUGCAGAUCGUCCCACGAUGAGUGAACUUGUGAAGGCUAUCGAAACCAUUCUGCAGAACGAUGGGAUGAACACAAACUCAACAUCAGCAUCUUCAUCAGCCACGGAGUUUGCAGCAUCAAAAGGUGCUCCGAAACAUCCCUACAACGUUGGCUUGCCGAAAAAGGAAUUCAAUGACAGCACCGGCUCGUUUGAUUACAGCGGUGGAUGCGCUGUUUCAGCGAAAAUUGAACCCAAGUAGUAAUUAUGGCGUGCAACGGACUUUUGUGUUAAUUACUUUCUUCUUUCGUAAUUGUAAUUUUCUGUAUCCAUAUAUACAUAAAGUUGAGAGUACAACCUCUCACAGCAACAAUGUAUCAGAUUAGAUGUUUGCUUAGCUAUUAAGCUUAGCAUGGUUAGUGAUUAGUUGUACAUUAUGCUUAGAUGGCACAUAUGGCUGAGAUAUGAUAUUUAUGUAUAAAUACCUUGUGUAAUGAUCUGUUGAUGUUAAUGAAAUCACAAUCUUAUUUUACUC